AUGUGCAUGGGACAUGUGAGAACAGCCAAAGAGGGAGCACUGGUCCUGAUCCGCCUUGAUGGCAGCUGUGGCCCACGCAGACUUCUCAGACACUGGGAGACCCAACCUAUGAGCCACCUGUUCACCGCAUCAACACAAACCAACACCUACGAUACACACUGGGCUGCGGCUCCUGUGGCGGAGAGGGCCUCCAUUUACACUUUGACAAAUAAGCAACCCUUUGCAUAUCACAGCCCCAAUAGCACGCGGCCCCACCUGCCCCCAGCAGAGGAGGUGAUUAGAACGGCUGUGGUGAGUGUGGCUUUUGAUCUGAAACGCACUGGAAAGCACUUUAAGCUCAUAUCGUGGAAUGAGGCAGAUGACAUCACAGCCAAUCAGGGAGUCCCGCUGCACCCAUGGGCCCCUCUCCACUCCAACGUGAUCAGCUGCUAG